AUGGUGGAACAUCUUGAUGUUGGUGAGCUUGUGGAUAUCAUGGUCAUCAUCAACAGGAUGGGCAGGCUCAUCAAGAGCAGGGUACUGGCAGGGGCAAAGGCAACAAAGGGUCAUCAGUCCAUUCCGUCUUCCACUUGUUGCAAGCUGUGGGUCAUGGACGAUUCCCUCACCUGCAUGCACAUUGUCCUUUGGGAUCAUGCUGCACACAUCUUCAAUGCUGCUCCAGGCUGCAUGCUGGUGUUGAAGUCUGCUGCCGUUGGUUAUCUGAACAGCCCUUGCCUAAAGACUGAUGUUGUGCACACUAAGGUGCUAACAAAGUAUAACAAUGUUGCUACACAGGUGCUCUUGUUUUGGUAUCAUCACCAGAACGGUAAGGAGAAGGAGAAGUGGUGGAUGAUAAUGGGAACGUACAGCUCUGAUGGUCAUGCUGACCAUUGGUAUAUCAAGGUGAUGGAAACCCACAUGAUCAAGUGGGCGAUGGAGAAGAAUCUGGGCAAAUUGUCUUGCACAACAUUCCUAGUGGAGGCAAACAUCCUCCUGGGAACCAUGCACAAAGAUUACAUUCACAUGGGCUGUCCUUUCAAGAGCUGCAACAAGAUUCCAAAGCCGGACUGGAGGAAUGUGGAUGGUAGCUACAGCUGCCAGCAGUGUGGUGCAAACGUCCUGAUGUUAGGCCCUAAGUAUCACCUCAACUUUAAAGCCAUGGACGGGACAAAAGAAUGUUGGUGUCAUGUGUUCAACUCUGCUAGUGCAUGUCUUAUUGGUGUGGAUGCGGGAACAAUGCUGGUGUGGAGGGAGUCUGAUCAGACAUAUGAGAGGAAGAUCAGCAAGCCCAACAUGCACAAGUGGAGGAUGACUGUGGUAGCUGAGCAUGCCAAAGCAGAAGGUUUUGGUGACAAGAUUAACUGGGUUGUUGUCGAUUUCAAGAAGAUGGAGACGGCAUGA